GUGUUGUAUUCAAAUAGGUUAGCAAAACACUAGUGUUGUAACAAACUAUUGGUGACAUUAAUUGAGUGACAAAUGAAACCAAAGACAAGAGUAAGAAAAUUGAUCCGAAUUUCGGACUCAGAGUCGGAUUCAAACACAAACACAGACAUAGACUCAGACAACGAAGCAAUGGUUAUGAGACCGAAGACAAGUCGGAAAAAACGACAACGAAUUGUCUCUGAAUCUGAUUCAGACAAUGAAGCUAUGGUUGUGUCGACCAUUGAUGAAGAAAGUGAUGACAUCGAGUUCGUCGAGUUUAUACCCAACUGUCGGUCAACUAUUGCCACCACAAGAUUGUUGAGAAAAACUUCGCUGUGGAGUUCAGACACUGAGAGCUCGAUGGACAGCAAUUUAGACGAUUCCGACCUCGAGAGUGAUUGGAUGACUCAAACUGAUUGGAUCUCCAAUGAGUUGCAACUUAAGCCAACUGACGUUAACUCAAUUGUCAUCGAUAAAGUCAAUGAUAGUGAUUGUAUCAAACCCGAUAUAACAGCAUUGGUUCCAAUUGAAGAUAAAACUGUGGCCACUGUGGCGACUACUGAAGCAGUUAAUGAGUUAGCAGUGGCAUUGCCGCAGAUUCCACAGGAACCACAGCCACCACAACCACAAUUGCCUUCAUUGCCGUAUCAGUUGAGUGUUUUGGUGCACACACCUAACAAAGUACCGCAAUCUAUCAUUAAGUUUAAGAAUGGAGUGCAAACUACUAUUCCUCCGCCACAACAGUUGCCACCAGUGAUUGUAUUCUCCGUUGAAGAAGCAAUGAUUACUAUAAAUAAAGUGAAAAAGUGUUUGAAUAACGACACGGAUGACAUCGAAGCUUUAGAGCGAACAAUGAAAGUAUCACUUUUGUGUCCAAUAUCAAAUUUACGUGUGAAGACACCGAUGAGAUCAAAACAUUGUCUACAUUUUGAUUGUUUCGAUGCCGAUAAUUAUAUAAAUAUUCGGUGGAAUAAACACCAACAGGACUGGAAAUGUCCUAAAUGUGCAAAACAAGCACAACUACCCGAUCUAAUCAUUGACAGUUUAAUGCAACACAUUUUAUCAAUGACUGCCAAUUAUGAUCCGCCCGUUGAGAACAUCAUAUUUGAUCCAAAUGCCAUUUGGAUGCCUGACAUUAAAAAACAAGAUAAUCCAUUAAACCAUAAUGGAGAUACAAAUGUGGUCAGUUUAGAUGCAACUCAAGACGAUAUAAUUGAUAUACUCAGUGAUGAUGACAGUGACACUCCUCCACCGCCUCUUGCUAUUUCUGCUCCGAAGUCUAUGCCAACCGGUAAUCAAUUGUUGGACACAUUGUAUGCUCAGAUGACUCAGGCAAAGAAUACCGAACAACAUGUCUCGUCAAUCGUUCAGACAAAUAGGGAACAAACGAGAGGUAACAUUGAAAAGCAGACUUCAAUCAACAAAAUACUAGAAUUUUUAACCGAAUCAGAACACGAAUUGCGAUCCAAUUCAAAUCACUCCUCGACCACCACUACUGUUCAACAAUCGAGACCAACAACAAGUGGUUCAAUAAAUUUAAGAAAUCCAUUACAACCACAAACUCAGAUAAGACAACAACAACAACAACAAAGACUUGCUUCGACUUCACAUCCGUCCACUAGUUUUAAUGUAGUGAUGAAUAGAACGACAGGAAAUACAAUAACACGUCCAAUAGCUUCAACAUCAAGUGUGACACAGGCAUCGACACAAGCGAACCGACCAACAAAUACAGGUAGUAAUCAACCGAUUCGUAGUAAUUGGCAAUUUAAAUUUGAUACGACGACAACCAAAUUAGCGGCAAUUGUAUGUGAAGGUUGUGAUACCACUAUCAAUGUUGUUGGUCUUAAUGUACUCGAAGUUUCGCAACAACAACAACAACAUCUCAUUUCACAUGUUCAUCAAACUUUUCAAAGAAAUCAAUCAAUUAGUAAUUCAAGACAAGUUGUGACCAAUGCUGUCCCACAACAAAAUAAUAUACAAUCUCAUCGACAACAUUAUCCACAACAACAACAACAACCACAGCCACAACCAGCUCAUCAAUAUCAAGCACCGGCUCAACGAUACCCUCCGCAACAACAAUAUCCACCAAAUAUGCUUUUGAAUUAUAAUUAUACACACAAUAACCAACAAUAUUAUAAUUACUCUCAUCAUCAACAACAACAACAACAACAACCGAAUCCUCAAGGAAUGUAUGGUCAAAAUGGCCAACAAUAUGCAUAUAAUCCACAAUCAUAUUAUUACAAUUAUUAUCCACCACAACAACAAUAAUCGUUUAGUAGUACUUACCGUAUGACUAAUAAAACUUAUAAUAAAUUUAUCGACAUUUCUCAGAUCAAUUAGAUAAUCAAUUUUAGUACAUGUAUUUCUUUAAUUAUACUAAUGAAACAUAAGUUACAUAACAUACCGUAAGU